ACUUUAAAUUUGACAGGGGGGUAAAUAUUGACGCCGGAAACACUACGACAUCGCAGUACUGCGCAUGCGUGACUCUGUCCUCUAGUUAACAUCGCAGAGCCGCAGUGGAGCGCGCAGUGUUUACUUUCACAAGAGCUGAAUUAAUUCUAUCAUCACUGUAUAACUCGCUCGUUCACGAUGGCUGGAACUCUGGCGCGUAAAGCCGUGGAUCAUCUCCGCAGUAAAGAGUUCAGAGAGUAUCUCAUGAGCACGCAUUUCUGGGGUCCGGUGGCUAACUGGGGUUUGCCCAUCGCUGCCAUCAGCGACAUGAAGAAGAGUCCGGAGAUCAUCAGCGGCAGAAUGACCUUCGCUCUCACCUGCUACUCGCUGCUGUUCAUGCGCUUCGCCUAUAAGGUCCAGCCCAGAAACUGGCUGCUGUUCGCCUGCCACUUGACCAAUGAGACGGCACAGAUCAUCCAGGGCACGCGACUCAUCAAAUACAACAUGGAGAAGAAGGCCAAAUGAUCAAGGUUUAUAACGUCACGUUCCCUCGAGCUCUUCAGGAGGAUCUGCACUGCAGCAUCUGAUCUGUUUUAAUGCAAAUAAAUUAUCAUGAUUAUAGAUGAUUGGUUUUAUGCUACUUUCUCUCUCUGUUACACAUUUGACAUUUUAAGCCUUACAAACACAUGCUUGAGGUUAUAGUUUGUAUGUAAUGUAGAAAUAUUUGAUUAAUUUAUUUCCAUACAUAAUACAAUCAGUGUGUGAUAAAUUAAUAUGGAGAAAAUAAAAAAAUCCAAUAAUG